GGCGACUGUUUGUGGAAUGCAAUUUGAAUGGGUCCAAACUCUAGAGCCCUUUAGUUGUUCUCUAACACCCUUAUUUGAAUGGGGGUGGGGGUUUAGUGCUAUGGGGAGGUGUCUUGACAUCCUGUUGUUGCUGUGCUAGCAUAACUUUUUCUCCACUUGCCACUUUUCUCACCACCUCUCUCAUCUUCACCUACUUGAGCUAUGGGAGCCCAGAAUUAAAACUGUUAACAAAGUAUCAUUUGUAAUCAUAGAUUUUUUUUUUCAACAAGCAUAAUGAUUCUUUUUCCAGAAAAGUUGCCCAUUUCAAUUAUUCUCAAUCUUGUGGUAAGGAAAAGAAAAAUGGACUGCACUUUAAAUGAGUAGGACAUUCUUUAUCUUAUGGAAAAUCUUAAAUUAGUAAAUUCAAGUUAGUUCCCUUUCUGCAAAAAAAAAAAAAAGUGGCCUAUAGUUCUUCCUAUUCAUCCUACUGAAUUGAUUUUUGUCUCUAACCAUGACAUUGUUAGAUAAAAGAGGCACAGGAAUAGGCAAAUAGAAAUUUUAUAUCUGUCAUUUUUGAGGCUUUGUAAUAGAAACCUCAUCUGAUUAUUAUUAUUAUUAUUAUUAUUAUUAUUAUUAUUAUUUUUGGACUAGGCUGGGGAUCCACCUCAGGGCAAAAACUCUACCACUGAUCUAUUCUGCCAGCCAGUAACUUCACAUCUGCAUGCCCUCUAACUUUUUUAGCUCUUCCAUAAUUCCCUUUAAUGUAUGUCUGAACAUCAAGGUUUAUACUACUGUUAGGAUAUUCUUUUGAGUAAAUUGGGCUAUACCAUAUCGGAAAAUAAUUUAGGAUUUUGAUAAUUGCAGACAAAGUAAUUUGGGCAUAUAUUACAUCAAAAAGUUCUCAGUUUUAAGUGCUAUUUUGGAACUUUUUAUACUUAAUCUUUUUUUGACUACAUAUGGUCUGUUUUAAUAAUGACCAAGAGUCUUAUAUUAUCCUGGUGAGCAGGAUUGGAUGGUGAGAAAAGGAAAGAGUCCUCUGAGAAGAGAGCAGGAUAAGUGCGGGGAUCUGUGCUUGAAGUUGGGGCGCUUGAAAAUGAUCUCUGAAUGUGGAAGAGAUCUGAGCAGAUGAAAAUACAAUCAGAUAGGCACCAGGGAAGGUCCAUAAGUAAAGAGAAAAAUGCAACAUGGCAGCAGCAAUGGAAACAGAACAGCUGGGUGUUGAGAUAUUUGAGACUGCAGAGUGUGAGGAGAAUAUUGAAUCACAGGAUCAGCCUAAACUGGAGCCGUUUUAUGUUGAGCGAUAUUCCUGGAGUCAGCUUAAAAAGCUGCUUGCUGAUACCAGAAAAUAUCAUGGCUACAUGAUGGCUAAGGCACCACAUGAUUUUAUGUUUGUGAAGAGGAAUGAUCCAGAUGGGCCUCAUUCAGAUAGGAUCUAUUAUCUUGCCAUGUCUGGUGAAAACAGAGAAAAUACACUAUUUUAUUCUGAAAUUCCUAAAACUAUCAACAGAGCAGCAGUCUUAAUGUUGUCUUGGAAGCCUCUUUUGGAUCUUUUUCAGGUAUCGCCAAGUUGCCUGUGCUGGUCUCGAACUUGUGAUCUUCCUGCCUCAGCCUCCCAAUUGUCAAUGGAUCUUUUAUUUAUUUAUAUGUGGUGCUGGGAAUUGAAUCCAAGGCCUCACACAUGCCAGGCAACACUGGACUAUGGAAUGUAUUCUCGAGAAGAAGAACUAUUAAGAGAAAGAAAACGCAUUGGAACAGUUGGAAUUGCUUCUUAUGAUUAUCACCAAGGAAGUGGAACAUUUCUGUUUCAAGCUGGUAGUGGAAUUUAUCAUGUAAAAGAUGGAGGGCCACAAGGAUUUACCCAACAACCUUUACGGCCCAAUUUAGUGGAAACUAGUUGUCCCAACAUACGGAUGGAUCCAAAAUUAUGCCCAGCUGAUCCAGACUGGAUUGCUUUUAUACAUAGCAAUGAUAUUUGGAUAUCUAACAUUGUAACUAGAGAAGAAAGGAGGCUCACCUAUGUUCACAAUGAGUUAGCUAACAUGGAAGAGGAUCCUAGAUCAGCUGGAGUUGCUACCUUUGUUCUUCAAGAAGAAUUUGAUAGAUAUUCUGGCUAUUGGUGGUGUCCAGAAGCUGAAACAACUCCUAAUGGCGGUAAAAUUCUUAGAAUUCUAUAUGAAGAAAAUGAUGAAUCAGAAGUGGAAAUUAUUCAUGUUACAUCCCCUUUGUUGGAAACAAGGAGAGCAGAUUCAUUUCGUUAUCCUAAAACAGGCACAGCAAAUCCAAAAGUCACUUUUAAGAUGUCGGAAAUAAUGGUUGAUGCUGAAGGAAGGAUUACAGAUGUCAUAGAUAAAGAACUAAUUCAACCUUUUGAGAUUCUCUUUGAAGGAGUUGAAUAUAUUGCCAGAGCUGGAUGGACUCCUGAGGGAAAAUAUGCUUGGUCCAUCCUACUAGAUCGUUCGCAAACUCGUCUACAGAUAGUAUUGAUCUCGCCUGAAUUAUUUAUCCCAGUAGAAGAUGAUGCUAUGGAGAGACAGAGACUCAUCGAGUCAGUGCCUGAUUCUGUGACACCACUCAUUAUCUAUGAAGAAACAACAGACAUCUGGAUAAACAUCCACGACAUCUUUCAUGUUUUUCCCCAAACUCACGAAGAUGAAAUUGAGUUUAUUUUUGCCUCUGAAUGUAAAACGGGUUUCCGUCAUUUAUAUAAAAUCACAUCCAUUUUAAAGGAGAGCAAAUAUAAGCGAUCCAGUGGUGGGCUGCCUGCCCCAAGUGAUUUCAAAUGUCCUAUCAAAGAAGAAAUAGCAAUUACCAGUGGUGAAUGGGAAGUUCUUGGCCGGCAUGGAUCUAAUAUCCAGGUUGAUGAAGUCAGAAGACUGGUAUAUUUUGAAGGCACCAAAGACUCUCCUUUAGAACAUCACCUGUAUGUGGUCAGUUAUGUAAAUCCUGGAGAGGUGACAAGGUUGACUGACUGUGGCUAUUCCCAUUCUUGCUGCAUCAGCCAGCAUUGUGACUUCUUUAUAAGUAAGUAUAGUAACCAGAAGAAUCCACACUGUGUGUCCCUUUACAAACUUUCAAGUCCUGAAGAUGACCAUACUUGCAAAACAAAAGAAUUCUGGGCCACCAUUUUGGAUUCAGCAGGUCCUCUUCCUGACUAUACCCCUCCAGAAAUUUUCUCCUUUGAAAGUACUACUGGAUUUACAUUGUAUGGAAUGCUAUAUAAGCCUCAUAAUCUACAACCUGGGAAGAAAUACCCAACUGUGCUGUUCAUAUAUGGUGGUCCUCAGGUGCAGUUGGUAAAUAAUCGCUUUAAAGGAGUCAAGUAUUUCCGCUUGAAUACCCUCGCUUCUCUGGGUUAUGUGGUUGUGGUGAUCGACAACAGAGGAUCCUGUCACCGAGGGCUUAAAUUUGAAGGUGCCUUUAAAUAUAAAAUGGGUCAAAUAGAAAUUGAUGAUCAAGUGGAAGGACUCCAGUAUCUAGCCUCUCAAUAUGAUUUCAUUGACUUAGACCGUGUGGGCAUCCAUGGGUGGUCUUAUGGAGGAUACCUCUCCCUGAUGGCAUUAAUGCAGAGAUCAGAUAUCUUCAGGGUUGCUAUUGCGGGAGCCCCAGUCACUCUGUGGAUCUUCUACGAUACAGGAUACACGGAACGUUAUAUGGGUCACCCUGACCAGAAUGAACAGGGCUAUUACUUAGGAUCUGUGGCCAUGCAAGCAGAAAAAUUCCCCUCUGAACCAAAUCGUUUACUACUCUUACAUGGGUUCUUGGAUGAGAAUGUCCAUUUUGCACACACCAGUAUAUUACUGAGUUUUUUAGUGAGAGCUGGAAAACCAUAUGAUUUACAGAUCUAUCCUCAGGAGAGACACAGCAUAAGAGUUCCUGAAUCUGGAGAACAUUAUGAACUACAUCUUUUGCACUAUCUUCAAGAAAACCUUGGAUCACGUAUUGCUGCUCUGAAAGUGAUAUAAUUUUGACCUGUGUAGAAUACUGAUAUACACUGGCUAUUUAACCAAAUGAGGUUUAAUCAAUAAGAGAACACAGAAUUGAUCAUCAUAUUUUAUACCUGCCACAUAACAUCUACUUCUCAAAGUAAAUUUGGUGACAUAUAAGCAUCUACAGCUUGUGGAUAGUAAUCUAAUACCUUAACUGUACACACACAAAAUUGAAGGAUUCAUAUGUCUAAGGGAUCCAGCAAUACCACAAGAAAUACUGAAAGAAAUAAGACAGUAGCACCACAUAUCCAUACUACCCUAUUUUCACUUUUAAUAGCAUUAUAAACCUCAUGGACUUAAUUAGUGUAUUUUUACAAUAUACUUCUGAGUUUAUUAAAAUAUGAUGACAUUAGUGAUCAGUUUGGUUCAAUUCCAGAAUCUCUGACUAGUUACGGAUUUGAUAGCACUUAAAUGUAAUUGAAUAGCUAUGCUUCAUUGCUUGAGGUGUAUCCAGCAUGUUAUGAACUAAUCACUAUUAAACCUAUGACUUAACCAGUCAUUAAUGAUUUUUUAAGAUAACUUAGUGGCCUACUAAAGAUACUUAUUUUGGCUUCUGACCAGUUUUUAGCCAAUUUAAACUGUAUCUAGUAUAAAUGAUUCUCUUUUUUCUUCAAUGAGAUGACAAAGUACGUUUUUCCUUUCACAUAAAGGCAAAGAACUGUAUAUAUAGCAUGGAUUUAAUUAGUCUUAUGAUGUUGAUAAUUAUAGACAGAAAAUUUUAAUCAGAUGAUUAGAGCUUAAAUAUUUGCAGGCAAGAUUUUUUUUUCUCCUUCCUUUAGGAAAAGAAAAAAGUGCACAUUCCCUUGCAGUCAGAAAAUUUAGUGGUGCCAGUUUCCUUGUGAUAUUUCCCUAUUAAAAUGUUUCAGGGGGCUUGGGUUGUGGCUCAGUGGCAGAGCACUUGCCUAGCACAAGUGAGGCACUGGGUUCAAUCCUCAGCAUCACUUACAAAAAAUAAGCAAAUAAAAUAAAGGCAUGCUAUCCAUCUACAAUUAAAAAAAAAUAUGUUCCAGAAUUUAGGGAGGUGGAAGGAAUCACGUGGUGUAGGGAAAGCCAGGGAGUGGAGAAUGACAGGGAGAGGAGGUGGUAAGGGUCUACUUAAGAACUAAGCACAAGUAGGUUAAACAGAAAUACUCAUGAAAAAAUUGGAAAGUGAAAUUUGAACUACUAGAAUAUUAGGAAACCAGAAUUAAGAAAUCACUCUGUUGUCAACAGAGCUUCAGACUAACAUCAUUCAGGGGAGGAAAACUUCCUUAGAGUUAUUUUUAUAUUCCAGGGUUUUUUGUUGUUUUGUUAUUUUUCCUCUUAAUUUUAGAAUUCUUUCAGAUUUAAACUUUACCUUUAAAGUAUUGAACAUAAUUUAGGUAUUGUGAGCUUAAAAUAAAAAGGUUUCCAAACAACCCCUUUACCAUAAACAAACUCCUGGUAAGCCAUAGCUUUUUGUUUCAGAGUUUAAAGCCUAUGAAUAGUUUUUUUUUUUUUUUGAAAGGCCAUGACAUUUUGUGGGUUUAGCCUUCACACUUGACUGAAGGGAGCUCAUAGACUUUUAAGUACUGGUUGAGAUCUGUCCUCAUAAGGUUUUUGGGUACUGUGGGACCCAUUGAAACCAGAGGCAGGAAGGGCAUCUAUGAGUUUGACCCUUUUUAUUACAAGCUUCAGUAUUUAAAAAGUUAUUACUAGUACUUUUAAAUCACUCCAAGAAAAAUUUCUCUAUUUCUUUUUCACCACUACAGAUAGUAUACAUUAAUUCUACAGGGGGUACAUAGUAUACAUUAAUUCUACAGGGGGUACAGCCUGCCUUAGUGAGGACCGUGGCUGUGCACCAAAGGUGGACUUGAUUGAGGGCCAGGUGAGAGGCAGAGGAGACGCUGAAAUGGCAGGGUGACCUGGUGGUUCUGACCUUGGAGAAGGGGGAUUGGGUUUUGCUGGUUGUGUAUUUAUUCUGUAUAAUAGAUUUCAUACUUUUCUUUAUUAUCUGUGUCUGUAUUGAUUUUCAUGUUUAUAAUGUUUUCUCAUGCCAAUAUUUGUUAAUAUUUUUUCAGUGUUAAAUUAAAUUGAUUUGGGUAACUUUUCUUCCCCAAGAAAGUAUUUUCCCUCAUGACUUAAGUAUAUAUCUGACUGUUGGAAGAUGGUAUUUUUUGGACUAGUUGACCUCUGAGGAUCUAUCCUUAUAUGCAAAGUAGAAAUGGCAUAAAAUAACUUUUUAGAAAGCUACUCAUUUGAAACCUCUUUCCCAUUGAGGUUGUUUCUUCAAUAUAGCAUCUCUUAUUUUACCAAAACAAACAAACCUUAUAAAACCUCAUAUGUUCUUGAAUUCACAGGUGUUUUCCUUUUCCAUUUUGCCUUUUUUCCUCCUAUCACCAGGAAUGUUCCUUUUAUAGCUCCCAGUUACUUAAAUGCCAUUCUACUUCUCUAGGGGGAGAAAAUACCUGGCUGAAUUUGUUUUUACUACCUGUAUAGAAAACAUAGUAAAUUUCUCUGUACCCUGACUAUGGGUAACAAUAGUUAUAGAAAGUAACAAAAAAAGUAGUUUUGUAAGAGCUUAAAAGCAUCAGGUUAAACACCAACCUAGGUUUUUGUAGGCUUGAUAAAUGAAUAGCAAUCACCCAAUGCAGUUGCUUAAACUUUGUAGAACAUUAUAACUCAAAAUCGAAGAUUCAUGUGGGGUGCUUACUGAAAGAAAUGCAGUCUUGAGCCUUACUCCUAAGAAAUUUGUAUUCCAUUGAUUUGGGUAGAGAUCAGGAAUGUGCAUUUCUAGCAAGCUUUCUAGGUGAUGCCAAAUCAAAUCACUCUGGACUAUUUUAAGAAAUGUGUUGGGAGGCUGAGGAUAUAGCUCAGUAGUAGAGCUCUUGCUUAACUUGUUCAAGACCCUGGGUUUGAUCCCUACAGCUGGAAGAAAAAGAAACUCUCUAGAGAAUGGGAUUGGAUUAAGAAAAUUAUAGGGAAUUUUUAUAUUGGACUGACUCAUAAGAACUUAAAACAAUAGUCAGGAAAGCUGCUGAUGUGUGUUAACUGUUGGUUCCUUUUCAUUCUGAAAGUAGCAGAAGAAAUUAACUUUGUAUCCCUUUUGUCUAGAGAUUCAUUUUGGAAUGAAGGUUUUUCCCUCAAUGCCAUUCAUUCCUGGCUCUUUUUCAAAGGCUCACACAAGAAUAUAACAUCACAAUACAUGCAUUACCUUUUAAAAUAAUGAAAUAUAGAUAAUGUUGCUUGCUCUUUUUUUUUUCCUACUUGUUUUAUUCCUUACAGAAGGUGUAUCCCACCUUUCUAUAACACGAUUCUCUCUAGGUGGAAUGAUUCCAGUAAGAUUUCAUUAUUAUAGAAUCACAAGUUUUCAAGCUGGAGUAAAUCUUGGAUUAAUUUACUAUUCUCAUUCGUUAGAGGAGGAACUUACAUACUACAGAGAGGAAGUCACACAGACAGUUAGUAUUUGGUUGGUACUAAAUUCCAUCUAGAUAUCCUGCCUCAUGGUAGUUAAAUGAUAUAUAGAAAAGGCAGAUUUUUAAAGAUGUAUUUAUUAAUAUGUUCCUAUAAAACAUUUUAAAAGUAAACCACAUAAAAUGGUUAAAUUUUCCAUCCUAAAGUAAAUGCUAAGCAUGCUUAUUAAUGAAGCAAUACUUCUAAUUAGUAUUUGAGAUUCUGAAGUUAAUUAAACUUAUUACACUAAAUAUGUUUUCCUUGGUGUAGUAGGGGGUUUGGUGAUUGGGAUAUAGAGUAGACCCCUUGCUUAAGCCCAAAAGCCCAUCUUAUAGCAAUUUGAUAAAAAGAGACAUGGCUGUAAAUUAAGAUAUGUAAUGUGAGUGUCCUUUCCCUGCAGAUAUGAAGGAAUAAGGAAAUUUCCCUUACCCCAGCCUUCCCAACCCUACCUAUACACUUUCCAGCCAAAAAUAUUGACUCAGAUGUCUUAGUACAAGGUGCUGGGAUCUAGGAAAUUGUUUUAAAAGUCCCUCACAGAGAAAAAGUCAUAUUUGUAUGUAUUUAUGUUUUUACAUAACCCAAAUACAAAUUUAUGUUAUAUUCAGCAACAUUGGAGUUCAGUUCUUCAUAGAGUAUAAAGUGCCUGCUGUUUUAAGCAUUGACUUGUAUGAAAUGAAUUGCAUGUCUCAUUCCAGUAAGUUUAUGGGUUUUUUUCAUUUUCAGCUACAUGGCUUUCAAUCAUGUAAAGUGAAAUAUUAGUUUUGUUGCAUUUUAUUACAGGUUCUUGGUUGCAAUAAAGAUGCUGCUGAAAUUAA